UUGUCAAUAUUUAUUUUUGUUAAGAAAAGGUUAUGAAACUCCUAACAAUUAUUUUUUCUUUUUUUUACUGAAUAUCACAAAUAGUAAUAUGUCGAUACAGAAAUUUUUCCCUCUCAGAACGAAAUUUUACUGUGGUUGUUUAGGUAUCACAUCUAUUAAAAGGAGUUAUUCUAGUCCCUCUAAUAUAGAAGUAUUGUCAAAUUUGACUGGUAUUUCAUAUAAAGAAGCAAAACAAUACGCCAUAGAAAAUGUACUCCUGGAGGAUACUUAUCUUUUGGAAAAAAAUAUUAAAUUUUGUCAAAAACUUGGAUAUUCAAUUGAAAGGAUUCUCACAAUCAGAAAGUUUCUUGCCAAACAUCCCAACGAACUUCAACAACACUAUUUAUCAAUGGAAGAAGGUGGUUUCUUUCCAAUUUCACCAGAAGUGUUAGCAAACUUCCAGAUAAUUAUGAGGCAUUCGGUGAAACUCUUGAAACGUAAAAAAAUAAUCCAAAAAGAUAUUCAUAUUGUAAAAAAAAUGGUGUCUUAUAUAGAAAAUGAAGAAAUUCGUUCUAGCAUACCUCUAGACUACCGAGAGGAGGACUCCUGGACUAAUAUCCAUCUGAAUGUUGUUCGAGCAUUUUUAAAGAUGAGAAUGAAUGUAACUCAGGAUCAACUGACUAGGAUGUUUGAAACACACCGGACGGUUAAGAAUAAAAGUUUGAGAGUACUUGAAGAAAAUAUUAAACUAGCAGAAGAGCUGGGUUUUAGCCACGAGAAAAUAUUGAAAUGUGGUUAUAUAUUGUCCAACUUUCCAGAUUAUACAAAGGCCACCCUCAGAGAAUAUCCCACUUUGGUAGGCCAGGAUAUGAGGAAAUCAAUGCUUGCAUUUCCCAAACUAAUGAUGACUCCCCCACGUAAAAUCGAUCAGAUGUAUAAAAUCCUGAAGGACCAUGAUAUUCCAGACAGUAUAAUAGCAAGACAAUUGAAUAUUUUCUAUAUGUCAUGUAAGACCAUCGAGGAGAGACUGAAAGAAAUAAAAGGAAUACCAGAUUUGAGAAUUUUCUUUAAUCACCCGGAUUUUCUCCGUUUAGUUGUUUACUUCAAUAAAACAAAAUCGAGACUCAAUUUUUUAAAACAAAUGCCAAUCAAGUGUAGAAGUCCAUCUCUAUUGCAAUCAGGCUCAGACGAAUCAUUUGAAGAUUACUUAAGGGAAGGUAAAGAUGUAAACAAAGUUUGCGACGUCUUGGGUUUCUUGAGAACUAUUUUUCCCGAUGAUCUGGAGCAGAUACAUAACCAAUUGAAGAGGCAUCCAAAAUAUUUGCAAGUUCCCCUGAAGGAAAUGAUGGCAACAUAUGAUUUUUUGAAGGAUAAACACUACAAUGACUCAAGUAUUAUAAAAGUAAUAUGGAUCCUUCUCUAUCCAAUGGAGAAAGUGGAGAAUGCUCUAGUCAAGAUAUUAUGUGAUCAGUACAGAUUUUUUGAUGAAGUAACUAAGUUGAACAUGAUUUUGUAUUUUAUAGAAAGAGAUCAUCAUUUUACUGGAAAUGGAAUAUGGAGCCAUCAAUUUAUUGAAGAUGCAAUUGAAAUGACUUGUCAAUGAAGAUUGAACAAUUUUAUUGUGAGCUGAUAAGUUAGCAUUAAUUUGUAUAGUGAUUAAUGAGAGAAAACUUAAGUAUAAUAAAAUUAUUAAAUUUU